UACAAAGUGUUCUUUUUUUCGGACGAGCUCAGCACGACUUUUAAGGCAGGUUUGUAUGUAGUUUGCUUUGUGCCGCUCACCUUUUGCCACGAAUUCUGUGUGUCGGCGCGUGUGUUGAAGAGCGUGCAAAUGAAUUAGCAAACACGGGACUAACGCAAAGAAGUCGCAUUAACAGCGCAAAGACGAAGCGUUAUACAAAACCCAUAUAAGCAAGUUAGACUUAGAUUGCGAGACAAGCUAAUACGAAGUCAGAUGGCUAAGCAAUUGUCGGUGCAGUGACAGGGAUAAGCGCAGUUUGAGAACGUCACAUGAAAACAGGGACGGCAAACGAAUGCAGAGACGCAGCUUAAAUUGUAGCUAGAUUCUAGAAGAUACAUUCGUCAUGGCGAUUAUACGUUUAUGUUGAAAAAGCGCUUAAAAAAUAACAGUUAACAAAACAACAACGCACUGAAAAAGAAGUACAACAACAAGCCGCGCAGCAAAGCAAAUAAAGUCGCGAGUGCGAGCAAGUGAUCGUGAGCGCUCUGGCUGUCUGGCUGCGAUGCCGAGCAGUUGGUUGAGUGUAGCGUCAAAGAAAACACGAAAACGUAGAAUGAAAAGUUCAAGAAACAGUGCAGAUCAGCAAGUUGGCCAAAGUUGGUCGGGUUAGUACAGCAGUGCGGUCGGUGACGCGCGUUCAGUGGUACGUCGGUUGGCACGGUUCAAAAAAUUAUUGUUUACUGUCGCUUGGGCUCAGUUGGGUCGUGUUGCAAGUGCAAAGACUUUGUGUGUAACGCAAGAGGGAAGAAGAAAGACUACAGAAAAUAAUUAAAAAAUAUAAGACACCAAAAGUUAAUAAAUUAAGUAGGUGAGAAGUGUAAAAACAAGUGAAUGAAAAGCGUGUGGCCCUUUUUCGCAGCGACUUUCGUGAAAUAUAACACCAACAACACAAACAAGCGAAAAUCUUAACAAAAAAGUGGCUUAAGCGAAUUGCAAGAGUGGCCGCAACAGCAAAAACAACAAAAACACAAAAAAGUACGCUGGUGUGGCAGCCAAGGUAGGGAAGUGCAGUGAAGGGGGGUGCAGUGAAGUGCAGUGCAGAAAAGUGCAACACAAGUGAAUGUGCGCGCAGCCGUCUUGCGUCGCCAGUCGGCCGAGUGCAGCGCGCAGCUUACGAUUAUUUCCACUACGCUUUUUGCCAAGUAGCAAUUGAUUAUUGCUUUUGUUAUUGUUUUUUUUUUGUGGUUUUUUGCUGUGGUUUGCGGUUUUCAUUAGCGAAGUCGCUGAUCGAUCGUCGAUAAACGGCGCUGGCGGCGACAAGCGCGUAAAUUGCACUAAAGAAACAAUAACAAAAACGCGCGUCGAGCGGCGAGCGGUGCGACGGACGGAUUGCCAAGCGGCGACGGUCGAAGACGUUGCCAAAAAACGCAUAAAAAUCUGCAAUGAAAGGCUUUUAGCUUUCAGCAUUUAGCUUUCGAACAAUAACGCUGAGAGUUUGCGUGAAUAAACACUUAAAAAACGGCAGACGAACAGCCAAACAAAGGAGAUUUGAAUAUUAAUGACAACUUUCUAACUUUUCGAACUUUGUUGGCUCGUAAAGUUAAAGUUGCAGUGCGCGUGUCGGAAUUUUCGUCACCUGUACGCUGGAGACGAGGAAUUGCAGCAACAAAUUGGGUCACUGAUUGUUGGUUUCGGUUAACUCAAGGCUCAGAGUUCGCUUGGGAAACUUAGGCGCUUAAAUUCAGCGCCGCAUACAACCUUCUCGCGCGCAUAUGGACAAUUGUGAACUUGUGAAACACAAUUAGGACGACAACAACCACAGCAACACAGCGGAUGCGAAGCGACGAUAGCUGCACGAUUACAAACGGAUAGCACGAAAGUACGGAAGAUAGACCACAAACAGAGACCACGGAAGGUACAUAGCAGCUGCAAGUGGGUUGCGGGAAGAGGCACAAGGAGGAUACGAAAGUAGCCGCGUGAGCAGCAGAGAACGCAGUAGGCUACGCAUACGGCAGCGGAAGCGUACGCAACGUAAUAAACGCAUUGCCGAAAAUAUGUUGGCUGCAGCAGCAACAACAUUGACAACGACAAAAACACCAACCGCUGCGAUGACAACAUUGACAACGAACGGCACAACAAUGCCGACCACGAGCAUGCUGAUGACAACAACAACAACAGCGAUGAGCGAUAAAGCACGAAGAGUUACUAAACAAACAACACACAACGCACAAACACUGACAACAACAGCGGCAAGGGCAACAACAGGCAGCAGAUCAGCCACAACAGCAACAGCAACAAUUACCUCAGAUCCAGGCAUUUUAUGCUUUCAUCAUUGCAAUGUAAAAGUUUUCUGCUUCCACUUGCCACAUCGUUGCCCCAAAUGCAAACAAGUAUUAGACACCGGUGUCGAUGUGGACAACAAGAACGAUGCGGCCGCUGUGGCUGGUGACGAGGACGAGGAGGACGUUGUACGUGGUAAUGAAUUGGUUAGCAAUGGCUGCAACGGUGAACGUACACGUGCCGCUAACGGUAUGCCUGUUGGUGUUGUUGGCUCCACGCGUUUGUUGCCUUUUCGCUUGCCCUAUCCGUUCAUACGUGCCUCGCAAUAUCCCUGUGCGAUUGUUUUACGUCCGACCACAGGCGAUUUUCUCAACGACUACAACAACUCAACCGAUUUGCAUAUUGCCGUGACGACCUCAACGGGCUGUGUUGUGGAAUUCGAUCGGUAUGGCUUGCGGCGCCAUCGGCCCGAUAAUACACGCAUGUCCGAUUGGUGGCAAUGUCUGCUGGUCGGCGAUGUCCCCGAACCAUGGUAUGACUAUUGGGAUGAUAUAUUGCAGCAGAUUUGCAAUCAGCCGGAUCGCUGGACCGUCUCCCAUUACCAGGAGGAUAGCCACAAUUGCUACACAUUCGUAUUGGCAUUCCUGCAGGCGCUAGCCUAUGACAAGCUCAGCGCUGCCGCACGCUCCAAAACCAGUUUCUGUGAGAAAUAUAUAGUUCCUAGAACCACAACGGCCGGCAAGUAUAUAUCCUUGUAUCGCAAGCUGCGUGAUGCGGGCAUUUAUGUGCAUCCACAUCCUCAUCAUCAACACUAUCAACACCAAAGGCAUUUGUUGCUUAACGGCAAACAACAGCAACACCAACACCACCAACACUAUAACCAGCAGCAUCUACAAGUGAAGCCGUCACGUGGCAAGUCGAGAAACAAUGGACACUUGAAUGGCCAUGUGGGUGCCACGUCCGCUCUGUUGGCCAACGGCGGGAAGGCAACCAGUAUCAUUUUGCGUGCACCCAAUCUCUGCACCAUCGAAGAGUGAGGCACACCAGCGCACUAACAACAGUUCUUUAGUAUCGGUUCCUCAUCCAUCCAUUCACUCAAUCAUUCAUUUAGACCAUUUCAUUAAUUUGCAUAUGUACUUAGUAGGUGCUCGGCAGCAAUGUGUUAAGCAAUUAUGUAAUUGAAUAUGCGUUGAUGGCGCGCUUUAGAUACCACCACAACAACACUACAUACAUAACGAGUUGAUGUCAGGCAAAUGUAGUAGUUAGGUAUCGGUUUGUUACUAGGUAUUUUCGAGACAUAAAAGUUCGUGUUUCAAGCUCUUAAUGCUGUUGUUCGCCUUUCGGUAUUUGUCAACUAGCAAAAAGUGUUCAAAAACUCAGGAUCCACAAGUAGUAUGUUCAUGUUUCAGACGCCCAGACUUUCCAGUACCUCCGAACUAGCACGAAGUAUUCAAAAACUCGACAGCCCACAAGUAAAAAGUUCGCGUUUCAAGAUUUUAGGUUUUCCAGUACCUCCGAACUGUUACGAAGUGUUCAAAAAUUCGACAAUCCACGAGUAAUAAGAUCGUGGUUAAAGUUCUUAAAGAUAUCAUGCUUCUUUCGGUACUUUCAAACUAGCACGAAGUGUUCAGUACUCGGGAAUCCACGAGAAAGAAGUUCGUGUUUCAAGUUUUUAACUUUUCCAGCAAUUCCGAACUAGUACGAAGUAUUUAACAUUGUGAGAAGCUAAUUUCUAAACUAAAGACUUAAUUUCAGAUAAUUUGAAUAUUUUUCGUCGAAAUUCCCCGGGUUUUGAACCAUAAACUUGUCUGAUUGCUCACCAGUUAUCGUUUUCCUGCUGGGUAGCUACCGUUACACAUACGUCAAUAUUCUGUCGAUGAGCGCCUCUGUCGAUGAGAGUGCCACUUCCUGCCAUCCUCCAGCUUAUGUUCCUCAAUAUUGCAUCCUUUGUUCGGAACCUUUGUUUGCAACAAAUACACUUCGUUUUAGUAGUUUUUAUUGUUUUCUUCGUUGCUGCACAUUUCUCUGGUGUAUUUUUUCCUACAUUAUGUUUCUAUUCUUCAACUUUGGUCUCUUUUGUCUUAAACUUUUAAGUUAAAAUAAGAAAGUAGUUCAUUUUUAUGCGAAAAAAAUUUGCCUUUUGUGAAUUAAAAGUCAAUAAAAUAUAACAAUUUAGUCAAU